AUGUCUCGUCCGGCUUCAACGGUACAGCGUCCUCUGACGCUGACGGAGGAAUUGGAAAAACUCGAGCAAUCCAUCACCCUGACGCUGCAAGAAAUCGACCAUAAUUUCAGCCAAGCCCAUCGGAUAGUUACUACAAGCAUUCUGCCUCUGGUCGAGCAGUAUGCAGAGAAUUCGCGCGACGUCUGGGAGGGAGCCAAGUUCUGGAAACAGUUCUUCGAAGCAAGCGCAAACGUCUCCCUCUCUGGCUACGAAGAAAAGCCCAACGAAGAAGAAACCGCCGUGCACGAUGAACACACCGCGACGGAAGAAGCAGAUUCAACUGCCUUGUCCGAAAACCCCUCGGCCUCCUACGAGAACCAGUCGUCUCUCGACAACGAAGAUAAUGAUGACGCCGAUCUCACCCAAAACAAACCAGACGACCUCGAUCUGACCUCCCUAACUCUCACCGGCCACAGUACACCCCGGGCGCCGACAGAGAAGCACGAUGCAGACCCAGACCUUACCUCCACCUCCUCGAUCGCAUACUCCUCCACCUCACCCUACGAAACCCUGAAACAACAAAUCAACGAGUCCAAAUCCCCCUUCGACCUCGAAGAGUCGAACCUCCCAUCUACCCCGCCCGGCAAAUCAUCGUUCAGACAAUACCACGGAACCCCCAUGUCCCCUGGAUCAUCGCCAUUCGUACCCCCCGUUUCGCACGAGGCAGAAACACCAACAACCAACAGAAAGGGCGGAUACCACUACUCUAAACCCUCUGACCCAGUUAUGCACCGCAUGCCCGAUAAAACCUACCGCGUGCAAGCCACACCACUCGGCAAGGGAGCAGGAGUUGGCCGGUCCAAGUUCACCGUCACGCCCAAGAACAAACCAUCCGGUAGUAAAUACGGCUUCGAAGACUCUCCCCUCUCCAGCCCCGAGCCGGAAGCCCCGCAAUUGAAUCAAGAGAUCUUUUCCUCGCCCAUCAAAUCAGCAUUCACGCCCGGUACGGACCGAAAACGCAGUCGUCCCAGUCUCAGCGGCCACCUGCGCGUUACGCCUCAGCCCGGUACCAGUGUCCUUACUCCUGCUAAAGGCGGUGCUAGUGGCAAACGACCUGGGUUCUGGGAUAGCGACGAUGAGAUGCCUGAGGACUUUGAGGAUGACGGAUUCAGUCCCCCGAAGACGAUGCAGUUCCAUAUUCCGCAGAGUCGCUUGAUGAAGACGCCUGCGAAGGAAGCAUCGAAGCGGAUCGUGGAGGACCUGCUUGUUACUGCUGGAGCGGAUGAUCUCACGGAUUCGGUGGCCGAGCAGAGUCCGAGUCUUAUCCGACGAGCGGAGGGUUUGGAAGAUGAGUCUUUUUAA